AUGAACGAGCUCAGAAGCAAGUCCGACUGUGACGGAAAUCUCUCAUACGGAUUCCACAACUCGCAAUUCGAGCCAGGAGACAUGUCCUACUGCGGCGAUAACCUAGAUUCCCACGGAAUCAUCUAUCUCCUCGGUCCCCAUGGCAAACUCUCCAAUCUAGACAUCAACUGCGACGGCCAACCUUACCAUGCCCUCUCCGACUGCUGCCGCUCCCACGCCGCCAACAGAACCUUCCUCCCCUCCACGAGCAUCCGGCAUCUCAUCGAGGACUACGACGUGGGCAUCCCCGACCUCAACUCGCACAUUCACUCCUUUAUUGUCUUUGGGGACAGGGGCCCCCUUGGCUGGGAUACCUCUGACCCGCACGAGUACGGCACGGAGAGGGCCAGUCUCAUGAUGAUCCCCGAGGGCGUCCGUCUGGGGGACGAGCUUGAGUCUGGCGACGGCGUGCUUUGGAGAGGGGAUGAGCGGGGGCGAUGA